CGGAAGAUCUGAGAUCACUAACAAGAGCAAGUCACUUCCGACUAUAACUCUGACAGACUUCGUGCUAAAGAAACAUAAACCUCCAAAGACCUUUAAACGCUAUCUGAGCGAAUAACUGCAAUAAAAAAAACAAGCCAAGGAUCCUGAAUGGAAGCCCACGGUUCAGCCCGAUUGUCCAGGAAGAGAAAGAGAGAAGGUUCAAAUGGAGAGGCAGAGGAGGGCGAGAAACUGCUGAAGAUAAAACGAUGCACAGUGGGUCUGAAAUACCCAGCUCCGUACGCAGAUCAGCUCGAGUCAAUGGAAGAAAAGCCAUAUCAGCGCGUCACCAUGGAGGAAGCUCGCAAAGGCACUCCACCUGACAGACCUGUGCGGGUGUACGCUGAUGGCAUCUUUGACAUGUUCCACUCAGGACAUGCCCGCGCUCUCAUGCAGGCUAAAUGCCUUUUCCCAAACACUCAUCUUAUUGUUGGCGUGUGUAGUGAUGACCUCACACACAAGCUAAAGGGCUUCACCGUCAUGAACGAGGAUGAACGCUAUGACGCGGUGAGUCACUGUCGCUAUGUGGACGAGGUGGUCCGGAAUGCUCCGUGGACUCUAACGCCCGAAUUCCUCACCAAGCAUCGGAUUGACUUUGUGGCCCAUGAUGAUAUCCCAUACUCCUCAGCAGACAGUGAUGAUGUUUACAAGCACAUCAAAGAAGCAGGAAUGUUUGCACCGACCCAACGGACAGAGGGCAUUUCUACCUCUGACAUCAUUACACGCAUUGUACGGGAUUAUGACGUGUACGUCAGACGUAAUCUUCAGCGUGGCUACACAGCAAAAGAGUUAAACGUCAGCUUCAUCAACGAAAAGAAGUACCACCUUCAGGAGCGUGUGGACAAAGUCAAGAAGAAGGUGAAGGAUGUGGAGGAGAAGAGUAAAGAGUUUGUGCAGAAGGUGGAGGAGAAGAGCAUCGACCUGAUCCAGAAAUGGGAAGAGAAGUCCCGCGAGUUCAUCGGCAACUUCCUGCAGAUGUUUGGACCUGAGGGGGCAUUGAAGCACAUGUUGAAGGAGGGUAAAGGGCGAAUGCUUCAGGCCAUCAGUCCGCGGCACAGUCCCAGCAGCAGUCCCACACGUGAGCGUUCCCCAUCUCCAACCUUCCGUCUGCCCUUCUUCACCAAAACCUCCCCGCCCUCCUCACCCUCCUCACAUCACCGCAGCGCCCUGUCUGGCUACACCUACACUGCCCGCGGACAGGCCAUCAGCGAAGACGAGGAGGACGACGAAGACUAGAGUGCCACAGCACACCACACAUCUGUCUUCCAAUACCGGCAAUCCAACCUCAGAAACAAAACAAUCCUUUCACGACCCAUUGGUUUCGCUCUCUGUAUUAUGAAGGGUUAAAAUGAGUUUUUAAGUCAUUGUCAGCGAUGGGAUGUGAGUAUUCAAACUCGAAUCAUGCUGGAUUGGCAGGGCUUUUUUGUGUUUUAAAAUUAGUGCACAUGGUAUUAAUGCGUUUCAUUUUUGUUUUAAGUUCACAUUUAAUGUUGUAGUCUAUAAUCGUUAGACAUCUCGUAAGUCACGUGUCUCUUGGAAUGGCUGAGAUAUGAUGUCUAAUGUUGAAAACACUGCAAGGCACCAUAAGAUAAAUAAAUUUGUUGUCUAAAUACAAGAGCUAAAAGAAAACUAUUUGUAUCGCAAGGUGCAUAAUCAGUGUGGUUGUGAUUAAUAAUUCUGCAAAUUAGAAAAAUAUGCCAAUGUUAUACAGGCAUGACUGAGUGGAAAAUGAUAGUUUGCCUACUUGAAUUUGGUGUGUCAUGCUUUAGUUAAGGUCAGAAUUACAAAUUUGAACACUGGUUUUCAAAUAUAUAUAUGCUUGAUAACAGUUGUUUGUUUUUACUGUAAAAAUGAAAGUAUAUAAUUUCAUCACUGCAUAAUGCCCUGUUCAUCUCUCACUGUGAUGGGUUUCUUUCAUAGAGCUCUUUACUGAAUAAACUAAAACAUAGGUUGAAGGCUAGUUUUCCCAGUUCAGUUUAGAUCUUUGGACUGGAGCUUGAUAAUUACAUAAUUAGGUUCUGCGAAAUGAGUAUUGCAAAUUUUGAAGUCAAACCAACAGAUAUCGAUAACUGAAUUACUUCUGGGUUAAAUACAAUUUACAAUCAAGAGUCCGUGUCCAGUAUGACUAAAUCUAACUAAAUCUGUUGAUUUGCACAAAAUGCAAGUUUCUAUCAUUGUUUUAAGAGUUACACUGUCAAGUUGUUCAUCAGUUGAGGGACAAAAUUAUGUUCUGUGGUGAAUGAUGUCAUGAACUUGUAUAACCAUUUACAUUCACCUUGAAGAGCCAUUUAUGUACGUGUAUGGAUAUGCAAUGGUCAGUUUUAGACAGUGUGUUUUAACUGAGCUUGUACCACCAGUGAUUAUGAUACGUGUUCUGUUCUCAUUUCAUAAUUUGAUGUGAGGCAGAGGCUCAACAAACUGCUGUCCAGACUUGCACUGAUGUCAGAAUUCAACUAUUGGUCUGCUUCAUUUUUAUGGCAAUGUCUGUGUUUUUCCAGCCUCUGCCUUUACCUUUGCACAAAUUAAGUAAAUCUAGGAGAGAUUAUUUUAUUAACUUUGCCUUCCCCUGUGCUGUCGGCCUUUGAUUGUACAGGAUGUCCAGAAGAGACAGGAAGACAAAUAAAUAGUGUGUGAUGUAAAA